AUGCAGCAAGAAUCUGCAGCUCACUCUGGCACCACGGAUAUAGCUGGUGUCCCCCUAACCCCCCUCGACAAAUGGCGAACCAUUCUCUCCUCAAGUUGCCUUCAUCUUUGGUUUGCGAUGGGCUGGCACGACGUCCUCGAUAUUGUGAUGUUCUUCCUGCCGUUGGCACAGCAGUAUCGAGGAUUUGACCAUCUGCUACUCAUCUGGCUACCUUUCACCCAGCAUCACACAAUGAUCCUCAACAUCCUAUGGGCAUUACUACCUGCAAAGACAAAGCUAACCUCUGGCUAUAUCUUGCCCUGGUUCAAAGUAAAUCUAGAGCCGGAGAAUGCACUACUUGCUUUUCUAUACCGGCAUUCCAACGUUCGUCUGGUUUUCAAACCUGACGAGGUUCAUUUCAGGCUCGAAAUCAAAGUCUUUCAGUACACGGUAAUGAUAUGGUGGAACCUGUCCAAUACAAUUACAACUGCCCGCAGUUUCUCCUUAUACCCCCUCGUACACCUGUCAGCAUGGACCAUGGCUGGACUAGGAAGAGCUUUGUCCCUUCUAGCUUUCGAAAGCUGGAAGGUCAAGAGCCCGAGAUCAAAACAAUGGAAUCCGAAGAAAGGCAAGAACAAGAAUAAAGGAAUAAAAGACAUCACCAACACUAGUGACGACGAAAGUCUGCCUCUUCCUUGUCAGACAAGCCAAACUGCUCUUGUAACUGGGACAGCUAGCAGAGCCAUCUCCCGGUGGGCCCUUAAAGUCCGACAGCUUCCUGGUUACUUGAUACAGGCUCGCAAGCGAUUUCAAGUCAACUACAAGACAUUGCCUUACGAGCACCAGGCUUGUCGGCCGGAGGCUCUGGUGAAUCCCUUGACAAAUCGAGGAAGGCCUCACGAAACCUCUUCUCAGGGCUUGCCUAUUUUCCAGCAGAAUUAA